GUGCGUUUCCAUCAAGCACAGUUGAAAUGUAAACCCUCCCAGCAGCAGCAGCAGCAUCGGCAGCAGCAGCAGCAGCUCAGGUCACCUGGAUGCGGGCAGAAACACCUGCAGGAGGAGGAGGACGCACCACAAGCCACAGCACCUCCCACCCCCACCAGCUCUCACAGUGGAGUCAGUAUCGGGAGGGGACACAUCUCGGGCUCUUUAUUUGCUCUGAUCGGAUAUAUACGAUGUGGAGGCUCGUGGUCCUGGCUCUGGUCUUUCUCCUUCUGCUCCUGCUGGGCUCUGAGGGCAGCAGGACGGAGACUUUCCGCCGGACUCAGCGGGAUGAGAGUCCGGGCCAAGCGCGCUCCAGGAGGGACGCCAGCAGCUCCUCCGGCACCACCAGACCUUUCCACGGUCCUCCUUUCGCCUCCUGCCGGACCCAACUCACCCGGGACGAGUACGAAGUUCUGGAUGACAAUACGCAUGAGACAGGGUUUAACGGUGAUGAUGGCUCCUAUGUUAUCCUCACAUGGGUGGGUGAUGGUACAGGGGUUGUGCUGGUGUUGUCAACGUUUAGUGCUCCAAUCGAUUCUUUCUUAGAAGGAGGCUCCUCACGACUCUAUCGAAGCACGGAUUAUGCAAAAUCGUUCCACGACAUUUCCCAACGGAUCAACAACACGUUCAUCAGGGAGGAGUUUGGAGUCAGUGUUGGACCAGGCAGCUCUGUGAUCCUGACCGCAGACAUCCCGGUGUUGAACAACCCAGGCGGGAUCAUCUUCACCUCCACGGAUGCAGGUGCAACCUUCAAGUUCAUCCAGCUGCCCUUCCACCUGGCUCAGCCAAUCACGUACCACUUCCUCAACCCGGACUACCUGGUGGCCCUCAGCAUCGAUGGCGGUCUGUGGCUCUCCCUGGACUUUGGCGCCAAGUGGACAAAAGUUCAUGAUGGAGUGCAUUCUUUCUCAUGGGGGGCUGGCAUUAAUCUGUUCUUCAGCUGCAGUCGAACAGAAGCAGUGGAAGCAGAUGAGAGGGGAGAUUUAAUCCUAAAGAGGACAAAAGAUCUGGGGAAAACCUUCACCACGAUCCAUGAGGACAUCUUCAGUUUUGGCUACAUCGGAGCGUUUCUCUUCUUCUCUGUGAUGGAGGAUCCGAGAUCCCCUCGUGUCAUGUAUUUCUCAUCAGACCAAGGAGACACCUUCAGUCGAGCCCUGCUGCCCUCUGCAUCCACCGAGCAGUUCUACUCCAUCCUGGAUGGAGAUGAAGAUAUGCUCUUCCUGCAUGUGGACAACCCCGGAGAUACUUUCUUUGGAACCAUGUACACGUCCGAUGAUCGCGGCAUCUUGUUCUCCAAGUCUCUGGAGCGCCACCUGUUUGACGGGCAGAGGAAGAGCGAUUUCACCAACAUCACGUCACUCAGAGGAGUCUACCUCACCAACAAACUGGACAAGGAUGGCCGUAUAAGAUCCGUCAUUACCUUUAACAGAGGCGGCUCCUGGAGACAACUUAACAAACCUGAGAAUGUAGAAUGUGGAGAUCAAGUCAAAAAUUGCAACCUUCAUAUUCACGGAGAACACAGUCGCAACAACCGCAUGGUUCCCAUGUUGGCUCUGUCUGAGCCGACCGCCAUCGGUCUGGUUAUUGCCCAUGGUACUGUUGGAGACUCUCUGUCAUCGUCGCAGCAUCCAGAUGUGUUUGUGUCCUCAGACGGGGGUUAUACCUGGAGGGGGACCCUCAGGGGUCCUCACCACUACAGCAUACUGGACUCUGGGGGUCUCAUUGUGGCUGUGGAGGACCAACGUGAAGGACAAGUCAAGACUAUCAAGUUCUCCACAGAUGAAGGCCGGUGCUGGAAGUUCUACAACUUCACCGAGCAGCCGUUCUACUUUGCAGGACUCGCAUCCGAGCCGGGGACCAAGGCCAUGAACGUGAGCGUUUGGGGCUUCCGGCCUGAGGACGACGGCCAGCCCAUGUGGGUCGCCGUCACCAUUGACUUCCAGAGCCUCAUUACAAGAGAGUGUAACGAGCAGGACUAUGAAGAGUGGUUGGCUCAUGCUACAGAUGUUGUAACCUCAGAGAGAAAAGGCUGCCUGCUGGGCGUCAGAGAGACGUACAGGAGGCUGAAGAAACAGUCGGUGUGCAGGAACGGACGAGGCUUCGUGGUGAGCAAGAAGCAAAGCCCCUGCCUCUGCACCAGAGAAGAUUACUUAUGCGACUACGGUUUCUCCCGUCAUGUGAACACCUCAGAGUGUGUGAGACAAACCAGCGCUGCUAAUAAAACCUUGGAGCUCUGUCUGAACGGAGAGGAGGACGAGCUGCUGACCGCCGGGUACCGUAAGGUCCCCAGUGAUCGCUGUGUGGGGGGAUUCAGCUCUCAACUUGAGACGCAGACAGUCAUCAGACCGUGUGGUGUUAAAACCAGCCCGGCUCCUCCGGCCAGGUCCUCGUCUCCAGUCACACACUUUGACACACCGCGGGAGAGGCUGGUGUUGAUCCUGGUGUGUGCAGGAGCAGCAGUCAUCGUCCUGGUAGCGAUUGUUUCUGCAGUCUUCGCUGUCAAGAGGGUCGUUUACAGGAACAUGUCACCAACGUAUCGUUUCUCCAACCUCCGGAUGCAGGAUGAAGUUAACGGCAUCACGGGCGAUCUUGAAAGCGCCACGAGCAGCAACGGCACAGCCUGCCAGCAGGACUCAGAUGAUGAUCUUAUUGAAUGACAGCUGACACUUUUCUAUGAAUGUAAUGAAUGCUGAAGAUUGAGACCAGCUGUUUUGAAAAAACAACAACUUUUGUUGGACUUAUCCCUGAUUUUUUUUUUAUGGGAGCACUCUUUGUAUCAUGUUCUGAGGAGCUGAAGAAUGUCUUAAUUUAUUGAGCUUGCUUAAUGUCAUUGCUUUGUUUUGCUUACUCUUUGAUUUGUACAGUGUUUUUUAUUUUAUUUUAUUUUAUUUUAUUUUAAUUUCACUCUGUGUUGCACCACCCUUUCUGUCAUGUCAAUGUGAAAACAAU